CAGAACACAUAUCAUAUUGAAAGAAUUCAUCAAAAAUGGUCUAAUUUCAUAGAUUUCGUGAAAUAUUUAUAUAUAAGUUUUUUAAAAACCAAGAGAUAUAUUCUAAGAUAAAUAAUAAAAUAUUUAGAAUCCAACAAUAUAUUUAAAAAUAUAAAAAUUCAAAAGUAUAAUAUAAAUUUCAUAGUUUCAAUAUUUGGAUCUUAUUCCGCGUUGAAGUUGGCUAACCUGAAAUCUUCCAAUCGAUUCCCGGUCACUCGGUUGCACAGUUAAAACAUCUCGUUGCCAAUGUAUCUUAAAAGUUUUCAUUACCUAACCUCAAAACGAAAAUAAUCAUUUAACGCCUAGAGUUUGACGGAAUUGCUUCUGCAUGAAACAUGUUAAGUAUAUAUUUUACUUUAUUUUAAUACAAAUAAUGGAAGAUGCAAAACGUAAAAAUAAUAAAGGAAAACGAAAAAAACGAGAAGUGAAAAGUGUAGUGUCUUCGUACCUUCAUCAACGAAACUACUGUAACUUACAAACAUUCCUAAUAACAAAGAAGCAACAAAUAACACAAGCGUUGGUUGAAACUGCUGUAGGAAGACCUAAUUCAAUACUUUACCGCUGUGAUCCUUUAGUAAUCGAACAGAAUUUUACAAAGUUUUUAUUUUGGUUGAGAGAGCAAACAAAUUUCAAAAACCAUGAACAUGAUGUUGAACGUAUGGUUGCGCCGUUAUUUUGUCACAUUUAUAUGGAAAUUCUUCGUUAUGAACAUAGUGAUAGAGCAGCAUCAUUUUUUAAAUCUCAUUUUCAACUAUUAAAUGAAAAUAAUUGUGAUAGAACUAUUAGAGAAUUAUUUUUUGCUAAUGGUGAAGUUAGAAAGGACAUAUCUAAAUACAAGGAAAAAUUUAGAAGCAAUAGAAUGGUUGUCCAAGUGGAUUCCGAGUUUUUAAAAAAAUUGAAAAAGUUUGUGCUUGAAAAUUGUCAUAUUAUGUUUGUUCAAGUGCUGCAAACGUAUUUUGAUUUUGAAAUGAAUGAUUUUAUUAGGAAAGAGAAUGAUAAAGUUAUUCAUAGGCAGUCGUUUAACAAUGACCAAAAAUAUGAAAAUAUUAUAAAUGUGAGAAGAGAUUUGAAAAAUGAACCGACCCCAGUUUUCACAGUUCAUAUUAAUAACAACAAACAUAAUAUACCAUGUGGCUUAUUAAGACGGCAGUGUGGAUUAGUUAUACUUGCAGAAAAUAAUGCUUUACGUCUGAUGCCUUUGCACCCUAUGGAUUCGAUACUAGGUUUAAAUGUUAGUGGUCAUUUAAAAUUUAUGCAUCAUUCUAAAUACAUUUACAGUGUAGACAUAUCAUCCAACAAUAAAGUGUUAGUAUCAGGAUCUGCAGAUGGGACAUUGUGUAUAUAUGAUUUAGUUAAUUUAAGAUUAGUGAAAAGAUGCACAGGUCACUUAGGAUCAAUUUAUUGUGUUAAAAUUAGCAGCAAUUGUCUCUAUGUAGCAACGGGUAGUUCAGAUGGGACAGGAAGACUUUGGCAUGUUAAAAAUGGAAGGUUGAUAAGAACUUUUUGUGGUCACAUUCAGGCUGUGACAUCUUUAGAAUUUCAUCCAAACUGUUUAUACAUAGCUACAGGAUCGGCAGAUAGGAACAUCAGAUUAUGGUGUGUAAACAAAGCUAAUACUUUAAGAUUAUUACAUGCUAGCAAAGGUACUAUUUAUAAUUUAGCAUUUAGUCCAUGUGGCAAACUAAUAGCUAGUGCAAGCGAUGAUAAAAGUGUUAGGAUAUGGGAUAUAUUGAAUUCUAAGGUAAUUAUUGAAUUUAGGUGUAAAGAUUCUUCUCUUUUCAAAGUAAUUUGGAAAUUUGAUGGUAGUGAAAUUUGUGUUGGAAGUUUAGAUGGCACAAUUAGAGUUUGGAGUGUAACUAGGACACAUAAUGGUGAAAACAAAUAUGCAGAUCCUAUUGUUACACGUUCACUUAAUGCAAAAUUAUUGAGUAUAGAUUAUGCAUUUGGUACCUUUGGAAUUUUAACAGUAUGAUGAAUGUUUUUUAUAAGUUGAACAAUUUUUGGCCAAAAAUUGAAAUUUAUCUAUCAAUUACUGUAAUCUCAAUAUGGUUCCAGCCGGGCUUGUUUUCUAUACAAAACUUAAAUUACCACUUCAACAUACAUAUUCACUCAAGUCGUUUCCUGAAGGCACAUAAUAAAUGUUUUGGUGUAAGUGUAUGUUGAAGGUAGUAAAAUACGAGAAAGAAAAAAAAAUUGGUAUUUUGUCAAGUCAUCUAAUAUGUAGUAUCAAAAAGAAACUUAUUAGUCAAAUAAUUUAUUCUUAUUUUUUUCUGGUCAUAUCAUGAAGGCGUAGACUUGUAAGAAAUCGAUUUCAAUUCUAUUUUUAUCUGAACUUUGUUUAAUUUAUACUGAAACAUGCACAAAGUAAAAGAUGAAACAAUAACUAUAGUUUAAACUAAUCUCAAUGGAGAUUGUAUCAACAUUUGUAUAUAGUUAAUUUAUUUUGAAUAAGUACCUUACUUGAAUUGUUCUUACCCUCAAAUUGUAGCAUAUUGAAAUAUUUUUAGCUGAUCAAAACUAAAUAUUUAAUUUUAAAGAAAGGUUUUCAGAAUAGUUGUUUUUAAGUAAUAAUAUACUUGUAUUUACAAAACUAUGCUAAGUAAUACUUGAGUUUAUUACUCAUCUAAUAAUUGUGCCAAAAAUAAAUUCACAUAUAUUUAUAAUUAAGUAAGCUUAGCCCAUACUCUUAUUAUGUAUUUAGAAAAUUUAAUCAAAUGAAUUUGAAUGUAAUUAGUGCAGAGGAACUUUUUCAGCUCCCAAAAUUUUUUUCUGAUCAAGAAGUUUCAUAUUUUAUAUCAGCAUAGACAAUGAAAUCUAGGAAAUAGAUAUUUUUAUUGGUUUGAAAAUUAUUUCAAGAGAUAUUCAAGACAAGACAAUUCUUUUCAGUUCUUGAAUAUUUCCAGUAUUCUUAUUAUUCAAAUUAAACCUAUAACCCCAAUUUGCAGAUCCUAACCCAGAACCAGAUUUUGAUCACAGUUUCCAAACGUCGCGUUCAAUUUUCGCGGGAAAUUUCAAAUUUAUAAAUUUAUAACGGAAAAAAUUUGAUUCUUUAACUUUUUGAUGUGUAUUAAGUGUAUAAUAGAUUCUAGAUAUUUAAUAAUUAUU